AUGGGCGUCGCGACGAGGCCGUCGGCGUGGCGGACGUGCGCGGCGGCGGUGGUGGCGGUGUGGGCGGUCCCGGUGGCCCUGUCGCUGCUGCUGCUCUGGCUGCCCCUGCUCUGCUGCGCCGUGGCCGUCGUCCGGUUCCGGCGCGCCAGGCGGAGGCUCAUGCGGGGCUGCGGCGUCGGGGUUCCGUCUUCGUCGUCGGUGGACGCCGCCGGUUCCGGCGGCGAUCGGCUGGGGCUGCUGCAGAAGUACCUCGAGGACCAGAUGGAGCUCGUCGGCGCCGAGGCGGCCGACCUCUUCCGCGAUCUCAGCCAAGAGAAGCGCGUCGACUGAGGGGGAUUUUAUCCUGUAGGUUGUAGAAUCAUGCGAAGCGCAGGCGAGUUUGUGCUCGGUGAAAUGGAACAAUCAAGAAAUCUGAGAGCUUUCUUUGCUGUGGCAAAGGCUGCAGUUUUCUUGCAA